CAUUUUUCUAUCACUCCCACUAUAAUCAUCCUCGUGAUAUUUUUAACGUGGCAGCACGGUAGCGAGCAGGGAUGAAAGGAAAUUGCGCUGCCCUUUCUUAUAAUCCAAUCAUCUUGCCCCUACUGCUUGCUCCCAUCCUAGACCUUGUUAGAUUCUAUCCUUCCCUCAGAGAUUACCGAGUAUUGACCCUCCCCCCUCACCAAAUUUCUGUUUCAUUAGUUCUCUCCUCCACCUAUCUGCAUUAUUUACCUCCUUUUUCUAAACGCCUCUAUAUUCCUUUGACUCUAGAGACUCUUAGAUUCUGAUUUUUGGCCGUGGACCUCGUUCUUCGCUUUUUUCCGCUUUCCACGACAAGCGCUUGCGUCCUUUGCGGCAGGUACUCUUGUAUGACCCAAUGCUUUUGAACUGCUAGACCGGGCCCGGAGGUGCGGUAAACACAUAAAUGCAAUCAAUCUGUGCCGAGGGACCCUGGUUUGACCAGGUUUCCAAAUUGCGAUCAUCAAAUCUUAUGAAUACUUCUCCGUCACUGAUGAGUAGACUCGAGAUGCCGCAAUCCACAUCCCCUCAUACUGUGACGGCAGACUCUACUCAAUCCUCCUAUCAGUCUCUAUUCCAGAUUGGGGCAGAAUUUCCACGGUUUGUGGUUCCUUAUCGCUGGUGGGAAGAUGAGGCUACCAGUAUCCUGUGGGCAUUUAACAUCCCCGAAAUCCGUCAAGUCAUCCGCUAUGGACUGUUUCGAGAUGAGAACUUUCCACGAAAUUCCCUUCUGAGUCGCAACGCUGAUACCAUCGAUGCUUUUCUCGUGGCGCUGUCGGACCCACGCGAGCAUCAACUCCUGGGUAGUCUCUCCCAUGUGCAGCGAGUGGAAGAGAUACUACGACGUUCGAAGAUCCAGCCAUUCCAGCCAGUGCCCUGGAUGUGGUUUCCACCACAACCGGGCCAUGAUUUGAAUGCUCGAGAAAUCGCCGAAGCGAUUGAGGCAGAAAGCCACCACCAGUUUCGCAAGAUCUGCUUCGAAGAGAUUGUGCGUGCAUCUCUUGGAUAUAAUGCGGUCUCGGUCGAAUGGUUUCUCCUACAGCAUACCGCGCUAUACAAUUAUAUUUACAACCAUCUUCAUACCUACCCAGAGGAGAUCCCUCUCUAUCUAGAAGCAGAGAAGCAUUUGCGAACUAAAAGUCCCUUUGCCCAUCGAGCGUUGAUACACUGCAUUCGCAUCCUACAACCAGAUUCAGCUUGUGAAAUGCCCCAGGCGCUCACUCCAGGCUUCGGAUUUAUAGCAGGUCCCGUCCAGGUGCUAUUCAGAGACCAACCGCCAAGCUUGACCACCGUCCUCAAAAUCUUUAGUGUCUUGGCAGUUCGAUUCCGACGCCACUACAUCCAUACUGCCAAAAUGGAAUGGCAUUUACCAUUAGACACUUCCAUAUUAUUCCUAGAAGAUUGUUUGAAUUCGACUUCGCCCAAAGACCUGGCCCGCACGAUGACAGGGACCGACGAGCUCGAUUUCUCCGGAUUGUCCCGACAGAGCAUCCUCGCAAACGACAACUUUGUGCGAAGGCUUCUGACCAAUUGGCAUGACCUCAGUAUAUCAGUAUGGGAGUGCUGCACUGCAUUACCAGACAUUGUCCCAUUCCUGCGAGAGUGUGCGCAGGCCCUCCUUAAUGCCCAAAAUUACCAUUCGCUAACGGCCCUCGCCGUUGGUUUCUACCGAUACAACACUACAGCGCGUUCGCGAGGCCUCAAUAGCACCAUUGACGGCAUGGUCGUCACGGAUCCUCUUCUUCUUCCACCUGAAGUGGUCAUCAUCACUAACCCUGCCGAAAACUAUGCGUCUUAUCGACAGCAGUACUGCGAAAAUCCCGGAAUUCCAUUUCUCAUCCCUCACCUUCGUGACUACCAGCAGCAUGGAGAAUCCGCUAUCCAGCCCUUGCUCCAGUAUCUGCAAGUCCAAAUGUCGGCCAAGACGUGAAACGUUUCAUCGACGCUAAUUCAUACCUUCCCUUGCUGUCGGUGAGAGAAAGGAAGUGACCUACUUCCGCUCUAUGUGUGGCUGCAAGUGGCUGCAGAUGGUCAUGCUAUCUGGGCUCUAUGACAAGGGACCGUUUCGAAGUCUGGUGUUUGUCUAUGGCGCUGGAAAUAUUAUAGAUGAAAUUUAUUUGGGUGACUUGGCUUGCUUGUUUAGAUUGCUUCGGGUUUGAUGGCACUGCGUCCUUCUACGAUAUACCCAUUGCUGCCAUCUGCAAUGCCGGCCGUCUGGCGUUCCUGUGUUUAGUCUAUACGACCGGUAUUUUUAUUUGAUCUUAUACCUCCUUUCAUUUUCCUUUCUGUCACACGAGAUGAGGGGGUAGGGGGUCUAUAAUAGAUCCUAUUAAGACUAGGUGGCAUGCAUCCCAGCCCGGCCUAUUGGAGCCAAAUGGACGCGCAUCUGCCAUCAGGCAACUGGGACAGGCAACUGUGAACAACCGAGACCCAGACUGGUAGUGAAAACCAGCAUGACUCCCAGUAUGCCAUGCGAAAGAGAUUUUACGAAUCAUAUCAAGUCCAUCGCGCCCGAAGCGCCCGAAUAU